UUCUCUCGGUUAGUGUUUAACCAAACAUCUGUUAUAAGGGGUGGGCUGCUGAACUUAUGGAAAGAGGAUUGCUAGCCUGAAACUCAGGCAGACAACUUCUGCGGGGUGGGAAGAGAGGGAAGGAGGGCUGGAGGCCAGUGGCACAGAAGGGAGACACAAUGGAAUCUGGCUUCACCUCCAAGGACACUUAUCUAAGCCAUUUUAACCCUCGAGAUUACCUAGAGAAAUAUUACAGCUUUGGGUCCAGACACACUGCAGAAAACCAGAUUCUCAGGCAUCUUCUGAAAAAUCUUUUCAAGAUAUUCUGCCUAGAUGGCGUGAAGGGAGACCUCCUGAUUGACAUCGGCUCCGGCCCCACCAUCUAUCAGCUCCUCUCCGCGUGCGAGUCCUUCAAGGAGAUCAUCGUCUCGGACUACACGGACCAGAACCUGCAGGAGCUGGAGAAGUGGCUGAAGAAGGAGCCAGAGGCUUUCGACUGGUCCCCAGUGGUGACCUACGUGUGCGAUCUCGAAGGAAACAGGGUCAAGGGGCCAGAGAAGGAGGAGAAGUUGAGGCAGGCGGUGACGCAGGUGCUGAAGUGCGACGUGACCCAGAGCCGGCCGCUGGGCGCCGUGCCCCUGCCCGCGGCCGACUGCCUGCUCAGCACGCUGUGCCUGGACGCCGCCUGCCCCGACCUCCCCAGCUACCGCACCGCGCUCCGCAACCUCGGCAGCCUGCUCAAGCCGGGGGGCUUCCUGGUGGUGGUGGACGUGCUGAAGAGCAGCUACUACAUGAUUGGCGAGCAGAGGUUCUCCAGCCUCUCCGUGGACCGCCAGGCGGUGGAGGCCGCGGUGAGAGAGGCCGGCUACGCGAUCGAGCAGUUCGAGGUGAUCUCUCAGAAUUACCCGUCCACCAUGGCCAACAACGAAGGACUUUUCUUCCUGGUGGGGCGGAAGCUGAGCAGGUCUGCAUGACGCCUGUGAUCUCAAAUAAAGCAAUGCCUUUGACCUGC